AUGGACAGCAGUCGGAGUUACCGGCGUAGCAGUCGUGGAGAACUCGCCAGGUCUCCGGCGAAAACGGGUUCUUCACCUCUAAUAAAGCUUCUUCCACUUCCACCGAGUCGAAGGAUCGGGUGGCAACAACCAGAGGAGAGAGGAAGCAGAGUCCUCAUUUCCAUUUCAACAUCGAAAUUGAAGACAAGUGUGAAGAAGAACAAUGUUAAUCCGGUUUGGAACGAAGAUCUGACUCUCACGGUCUCGGAUCCUAUUCAUCCACUUAAGCUUCAAGUUUUCGACAAGGACCUAUUUAGCCGAGAUGAUAAAAUGGGCGAUGCAGAGAUCGAUAUCCAUUCAUUUGUAGAAGCAACAAAGCUGAACUUAUCCAACAUCCCUAAUGGCACCGUGAUCACCACCGUGAGACCCAACCGACACAACUGCCUGGCCGACGAGAGCGCUAUUGUUUGGAGAGAUGGCACAGUGGUACAAGACAUUAUUGUCAGGCUCAAAAAUGUAGAGAGCGGGGAAUUGGAACUGCAGUUGUCAUGGAUCAAUCUAUCCCAAGCUUCAGGUUCGUAAGCUGCUUGAUUCUGAGAAUGAUGGAAUACUUUUGUUUUCCUACCCUAUAGCAUAGGUACAGCCUUUGGAUCAAUUCGAUCAGGCACUCCCUAUCUAUUUUCAUUUUCCAUAGUGAUGAAAUACUUCAGGCUUGUAAGCUUCAGCUGUAGAAGCAAUGUGUGCAGUGGAAAUGCCAAAUAAACUCUGGGUAUGCUCCUGUAAUGUUUUGUUUUCACCAGAUAAUCAGAGGAUGAGCAGGUUGUGUAUU